AUGUGUUCCAGUGUGGAGCCCGCAGUGGUGAUGUCCUUCCUGAACACCCUGUACACGCAGUUCGACUCGCUGCUGCAUCUGCACGACGUCUACAAGGUGGAAACCAUUGGCGAUUGCUACAUGGUGGCGGGUGGACUGGUACGGCGGUGUGCUGACGGUGUCGCUUCGCUGCUUGAGCCGGGGGAGUUCGACCCUCAUCAUGCACGCAAGAUCAUGCGAAUGCCCAACGGCCAACCGCUGCAAGUGCGUGUGGGCAUCCACAGCGGUCCCGCCAUGAGCGGCGUGGUGGGCACCAAGAUGCCCCGCUUCUGCCUCUUUGGCGACACCAUCAACACCGCCUCCCGGUGCGAGUCCACCUGCCCGCCCAGCUCCAUCCACGCCACCACGGCGGUUCGGGACCUGGUGCCCGAGGAACCCUGGGUGGCCACCGGAGGGGUGAUGGUGAGAGUGUGA